CUGUCGUUUACAUUCGAAUGUUGCCGACAGGAAUUAAUCACCCUUGUAAUAUACGUUGGGUAUAAAAGAAUCGGUUCCGCGUACCUUAAUACACUAGUACAACAGCUGAUCUUGAGGAUACAUCUUCGGUAGCACUUGACAUAAUAAAAACUGAAUACAGGAUGAGGGUUGCUGCAGGUUGCACUAUAGCUGUUGUUAUUUUCAUGGGAACAAUUCUUAAUAUUCAUGGAUCGAUCGAAGACACUCAGAGAAAUUUUGUCUUGGCAAAUUUUCCUUAUGAUCGAGGACUGGAUAACGACCUUCAGUUGGCGAGGAUAUUAUUAGUUCCUCAGAGAAUGUACCAUAUCAAACGGAACUCCGAAUUGAUCAAUUCAUUGCUUGGCCUGCCAACAAAUAUGAACAAUGCUGGAAAGUGAGAAGGAACGAUGAAGAAGAACGAUAUUAUGACUAAUGUGCAGAUACAAUAUUGUUCAGCCAUCGUAUCUGUUACAAUGCUUACUCACGGAUCUAUAGAAUAAUUGUAUAUGCAAUUUUAAAAGUAAUAUCUCCAUAGAGAUUUCUAAGUUGCUUUAUAAGCUUCCUUGUAGAUUCAAAUUCAUAAAUAAUUAUAACAAUUAGAGGAGCGAUUAACGAUGAAUUAUAAUUUUGAAUGAAAUAUUAAAGAUA